CGGACAGGAGGGAAGGGGGCAGUUCGUUGGGUGCUGCGUGCGUGUUAUUGCAGUGUGCUGUGCGCGAGCGGCCGGCGGUAAGCGGGGGCUCUGUGCUACUGGAGAAGAGCGGGGCUGGAAGGCUCUGCGUUUGGAUCUUGGCGGGCUCCGGGCGCGCCUCCCCAUUGGUUGCGCGGCGCAGGGGCGGGGCUCCGUCUCCCGCCAUUUUGGGCGUGCGUUACUUCAGUGAUCUGAUGAAUUCCAAAAUGAAACAAAGCCUGAACGUGGAGAACUCAUCUGGAUCUCUGCAGAAGUACUUCACAGACACUGCAUGCAGUGCUGCCCCAAGACGGACUCUUAAGAUGAUUCAGCCUUCUGCAAAAGGUUGCCUGGUUGGAAGGUGUAAUGAGAAGAAAUCUUCAGUCAAGAGGAAACUCUGGAAUAACAGGCUUACUUCUUCAGCUUGUAAAGCUGAGGAAUCUGUGGACAGAGAGCAAGAAAAUGAGAAUACAGAUGAUGUCAUUCAAGCUGUAGAUCUCAUAAAAAAAAGUCCUUCAUCUCAAUAUUGGAAAGAAGUCGCUGAAGAAAGGAGGAAGGCUCUGUAUGAAGUGCUUCAAGAAAAUGAAAAGUUGCACAAAGAGAUCGAACAAAAAGAUGGUGAAAUCGCCCGCCUAAAGGAGGAAAAUGAGGAGCUCAUGUCACUGGCUGAACACGUGCAUUAUUUGACCAGCAUGAUCGAGAGGCUAACGGGGCAAGAAUCUGAUAAUCUUGAGACACUGGAAAGUCUGGCUUUGGAUGAAUCCAAGCAAGAAAAUGAAGAACUUAACCUUGGUGGUGAUGCAGACAGCACUUCUUCAGAAGGGCCUUCACAAGCAUUGUGUGACUUAAGGAAGAGUGUCUUGCUUCAAGUGAAGGAAAUUAACAACUGUGACCUUAAGUAGGCUUAUGUAUGUGGAUUCUUUUAAUUGCAGACUUCCCCUUGAAAGGACAUACUACAUCUUCUCAGGUAUAGAAACUCUUGUGGGAGCAUGAGGGUGGCUUUUAACUGAAAUUAUGUAGCAGGGAGUAUCUCUAUACUGCUUGUAAAACUUAUUACAGGCUGCAGUUAGUUGCUUGUUUAAAAUGCAAAUACUGUGUAUUUCAAACUGUUGUUUAAGUAUCAAAUGGUCUGACAUAAUGCAUGAGAACUGAGAAAUAAAUUUUUGCCUUACCAAAGCAGUGUCUUGUCUGAGUUGAGGAAUGGCUAAUUUUAAGCUCCACAAGUUGAUUGUGGCUACUGUAGAUGGAAGUUCUCAGUGUGUUUAGAAGGACUACCUGGGCACUUCUGAACUCCCUUGGUUUAUUUUUAUUUUAUUCAGAAUUCUGGAGAGCAGAAUGGCUUGAGGGGAAGGGAAAAGCAAAAGCUGGAAAAAAACUUGAGUGCUGUUGGUGAGAUGUAAGAUUAUUUUUUUUUUUUUCUGAAUGGAUAAUAAGACUUCAGAUUGGUUCUGAGGUUUAGUUAAACCCUUGCUUUGUCACUCUUAAAUGAUUGCUGCUGUCUUUUAAAGGAGCCUUUUCCAAGGCGUAUAGGUGAAAGCUUAAAUAGAAAAUGGUAGGGUUUUUUGAAAUUUGUCAGCUUAUAGAAUAGCUCAGUUGGAAGGGACCUGUGGAGAUCAAGUCCAGAUCCUGAGAGCCUUAGGAGCUAACUGAAAAUGUAAAGCUCAUCACUGAUGGCAAAAUUGUCAAAAUGCUUCUUGAGCUGCUGACAGCUGUGGUGUUUACCACCUCACUAAGAAGCCUGUUGCAGUGUUCCACCAACCUCACAGUAAAGAAUGCUUUAUUAAUGUCCAGUCUGAAACUCACCUGCAUGUUUUGUGCUCUUGUUCUGUUAUUGGUAAUAAAGGAGCAGAGCCUGCUGCCUCUUGAGGAGAGCAAACAGACAGAGACCACUCAGACUUGUGUACUCUGCCUCUCCUAGCAAGAUGUAGCUUUCAGCCCUGUUACAAGCUUUGCCUUCUUUUGUGUGCUUUCAAAGGCCUUAGUAUCUUUCAUAUUGUGGGGGUCAGAACUGCAUCAGUGCAAGUAUAGCAAGAGGUCUGCCUCUGCUGGGCUAUGCUUUAAUACCCCCCAAAUGUGGUUUGCCCUUGGCUGCCAGGACAUGCUGCUGGCACAUGCUGAGCCUGCUGUCACCACCUCCAGUCACUUUCUGCUGAGCUGCUCAUCUCCUACUCUGUACCUGUGCCAGGCAUUACUUUUCCAAACACAGAACCCAGCAAUUACCUUUAAACAUCGUGCUAUUGCUAUUACCCACUUCUCCAUGGUAACUAGAUCCCUCUGAAGCCUCCCCUGGAUGCUCUUGCUUGCUCUUCAGCAGCUGUUCUGAGAACUUGAUAGAGAUGAAGUAGCCAUGCUUCAGAGCUGUUCCAAAUGGAAACUUGCUGUCUGUUUUCAGAGUACUGUUCUUGGUAUUUACCAAGGGAUGAGGCAGUGUGUUUGCCAGUACAGUGUUUACAAAUGUUUCUCUUGUAAAUACUUCAAGUCUUUAAGUGUUUACAAGAACAAAAGGUACACUUCAAAAACUUUUGAGGACCUUAUCUGAUAGCCGUAUACAGGAAUUAAGUAUUUCCAGCUCCAAGUGCUGAGGUACAAGGGAGAGUAGUGCAAGCUUUCUAGUCUUGGGUGGGAUCUUGGCAGUUGUUUGGCAAGGGUCUUCCUUGGACAGGCUCUAAAAGAAGGUGGUGGCAAUUGCAAUACCUUGUGAAGAGUUUAAUGCAAAAUGCAAUGCUGCAUGACUUUCAGCUGGCUGAAAUAAUCAGGGAUUUUAGUUAGUGGGUUUCUAUCUGACCUUCCCAAAACAGGUGCUUCAGGGCAUGCACAAAUGCCUUCAGAGCUAUCAGAUUGGUAUUUUUAGAUUUCUUCUGUAUACUAUUGUUUCCACAUGGGUGCCAGUUAACACCUGUUUCACAACACAUUUGAAUGGGUAUAUUGGAAUCAUUACAGGAUUUCUGGCUUCCAUUUAGUCUUGAAUCUGGUAAGCAAAGCAAGGCAUCGUGUUUUCCUGGGAAUGUAAUAAACAAAAGAUUACACCCUUCAGUUGUGCUCAGAGGACUAAACAUAAUUCUUUCCAUUGCAGGUGUUUCCUUUAACUUGCAAUAAUGCAAUGCUCUACUGAGCAAAACUAAAACAAAAAAACCUAACAGCUUGGAUAAUGGCUAACUGUUUUGUAGAAUAAUUUUCUUUUUGGGGGAGAUGGGUAAUAUGGUCAAGUGACCUUAUUGCCUGGAUUCUAAGGUAGUGAAGGUUUUUCAUGUCAAAGUAGUUAAGCAGUAGAAGCUGAGGAAACAGUUUUAACUUUUCAUAGCAGAUCUUUUAUGCAGUGGAAUUGAAUUUAUUUGUAGUUUCUUCUUAGGUAGCAUUAUUUUCAACAUUUGGAGUAGUUUACGUUUCCUCAGAGCCAUAGAAAGCUAUGAAGUUUCAUACCUAAUUCCUUGGCAAGUUAGACCAAGCGAGUGGAGGCAGCUGUUGGAACUUUAUUCAUGUUUUGGUGUUUUCUAACUGAUACAACACAAGCUUGAAUAAAACAAUUGUCAGAAUGCUCUAAACCCAGAAUUCGCAUGCACCAUCUUCAUCUUGCAUUUGUCUCAUCUUCAUUAAAAUCUUCAUUAAAACAGCCAAGAAGAAUGUUUAUUAGAUCUAAAUUGUGUGCUGUUUUUUGAUUAAGUUCAAGUAACAAAGAAAAGAUGCUUUUGAGUACCUGGAUCUUUCUUUGAGUUGAGAAGGACUUUGUGCUAAGUAAAUCUUUCAUGUCAUUCAUAUAUUCUUUAUACCCUGCAGCAUUUGGCUGGCCUGUGAUUAGAACACCUCUUACUUUCAAAAAUACACAGGUCAGUUAGUAAUUACAGCAUGCUUGCACUGAAUAACUCCAAUGCAUACUGUGGCAAUUAUCAGAGAAACUAGUUUUGUAAUUGAAAAAAAAAACAACAUACUGUGAGAAGACCAGCUGUGAGAGAUGAACUGUGGCUUGGAAGCUGAAUCUGUAUGUGUUCUUUGUUGCAGAUGUAUUGGACCUUGAUCAAGUAAUAUCUCCUUGUUAUAUCAGAAAUAUUAACUAUAGAAACAUUAUCAGGAGCCUUGUGCUGCUGCAUUCAUCGCUGUUUAAAAAUGUCCUAAAACAGUUGUUUCAUUUUUUUUGUCCUGAAUUCAUUUUUUUUAAACAUACAUGCAUUGGAGUUGUCUUAUCAAAGUACGAGAACUUUCUGUGUGUGGAAAAACUUGUCAAAUGUGUGGAAGUUAUUUGUAGGUUAUAUGUAUCUGUUACAGACAUCUAACCUUUUAUUUCUGUUCAAAUAUGUAAGGAAACUUUCACUUACCACUGAAGCACAGCUGUGUAGCUGAAAAGCAUCACUAAAGACAAAGGCAUUUCAUAUCCAGCUAAAUUACAGAGAACACUGUCAUGCAAAACAAAAUUAUCAGUUCUGGAACCUAAGUAGAGAAGGUGAUUUUUCCAAGAAGUCAUAAAUGCCUUUGUGCAGCCACCUAACCAGCAUGCUGCCUCUUUUUCAUUGUUCAGCCUGUGGUCACAGUUUGAUCUUUUGCUGAUGGACCUUAAAGUUUCACAGAUGUGGGAUGCAUUUACUGGGUCCUGGCACUUUUCCACAAAGAAAUGUGCAUGCCUUGAGGACAGAAUGUCAGGUAUGUAAGACUGAAGUGUUAUGAGUCUGGACGUGUUUCAGGAAGGAACAGCUGUGCCUGGACUAGCAGAGACAAGUAAUCAUUGGUUUGGAGGGGGCUCAUGUUAGGAAGAAUGUUUUAGCUGGAAGACAAGCUCAGCAAAAAUAACCAUCUCAGUGCAGAAGUUCAUUGUAUUGAAGACAAUGCACAGAGAAGUGAAUUAGACCAUAAUAACUCCUUGGCUGGACAACUAAAAUCACUCGAUGUUUGGCACUGUAUUGCUUGCCUGAGUGACCACAGCACUGACAUGUGCUACAGCUUACUUUGCAGCCUGCACACAAAUAAGAAAAAAAGAUCAGUUUAGUUAUUUUUUUUUUUCAAAGGAAGUACACUGUGUAUUCAUUUACUUUUCCUUAAGGGCCGUCUGAGGUUGUUUUUAGAACUGAAUUUGAGAUUAUGAGCAGGUUUGAAAAUCUACCAAGCCCUCAUGUUAUUAGUGCUGUUCCUGUUGAGACUGAAUUGCAUUGUUAGCAGUUCUUUCUUCAGAAAUCAUUAUUGUGUAUUGUUAACUUAUGUUUCCAUUCAUGUAAUAACAGGGUAGUUGAGAAAUGAUAAGGAUGAGGAAAUGAUAAGAAAACUAUUUUCUGCUGCUUUGUAGAUCUGCCAACUGACCAUGAUGAAAUGUGAUUGGUCAUGUUCAAGGCCAAACCCCUGGGGACAGCGAUACCUCUGGGGCACCUAAAUCAGCUGAAGAGGAGCACUGUGGGUUCUAUCAUCAGGUAGGAUUGCAAAUUGAGGUCCAUAUAUAGGAUACACAGUCCAGCAAUCCUACAGACUUCUAGUUUUGAAUGUUUCAUGUAAUAAUCAGUAUAUAACAGACUGCAGCAUGGAGCAAAGCUACAUUAGAUUGCUUUUUGGAGGCAUGCUGAUUCCAGGAGGAACCUUAUGGAUGGCAAUGAGAAGCUCUGGGCAGGCAGAUUGCUUCUGCUGCUGUAGCUGGAGGCUGUAGGUGACUGUAUCUACUGGGCAGAACCCAGCAAUGCUAACAGCAUGGUGAAAACCAUGGUAGCUCACAGAAAGUGUGAGGGGUAAAAAUAAGAACAAGCCACUGACACAAACACCAGGCAAACUCGGUUCCUGAGAGCACUUAACCUGGCGUGCUACUUAGACUCCAUUGCUGCUGAGUUACUUUGGUCCAGGAACUGUUUUCUUCACAUACUUUUCUGGGGUGCCCUGGACCUAGUUUUAAUAGGUUUUUAGAAGGCUCAAGGUGUUCACUUUCUCAAGAAUAUGUAACACUGAGGGCAGAAACUGCUGAGAUUCCUGUUUGGUUACUUAAACUGAAUGUAGUUUUUUUUUUUCCUGUAUGUUGUCACAAAUCAUGUUAAGACAAGACUUUUUCUUUUAGAAAAAAAGUAAAUAAAAGAAAGCUAGUGCUUAAACUUACCUUUAGCCUUUAUACAUCUAUAUGCCAGGUUCAAGCUUGUCAGUCUCAGGUACCACAAUAAAAACCAAACUCUGUGUCUCAAUGUUUGCACUCAGAUAUCUGUGAAUUUCCUCACUGAGUCUGAGGGCGCAAUUUUCUCAUACCCAUUUGGUGUAAGCUGUAUAUAUGGGGCUUCUAAUAAUUGGAAUACUAUUGUGGAUGAGCUUUACAGUAACAAACUCACUUAAACUACAGUGAGACAGAAGCAACGCCAUCAACUCCAUUUAGUGUAAUACCUGUACGUGUGAGCAACCUGUUGUUCUCUGUAGCUUUGGCUUUUUGAUCUUCAGGUACUUCUGCGUACCUCAGAUCAGUUCAGAAUGCAACACCUACAUAGCUUUUCCCCCUAAAAAAUUGCAUUCUGCUCUGUGAUGCACAAACUGUAGCCAAGCAAGCUUUUGAUAGGAUCUGAUGACAGAUAGAAGAAUAUAAGAAUAUUCCUGGUUUCUUUUUAAACACUGUGUGCUUCUUGCUGAUGCUCUGAGACAGGAGGAAGGGUGCCCACACAGAGACACUUGAAGCAAACAGAGGAGGAGUGCUAAGAGGAUGCACUCUUCACCUUGCUUCAAAAAUACUAUUUUAUUUUAGAACUUUUUUAAUGUGCUUUUGUUCACCUUACAGAGAUACAACUAAGAGCAGUCACUUUCACCGUUGUUUCAUCCCUCUAUUUUUCCAAACUUUCUGAUUUGUGUGUCUAUUUCUGUUACUAAAACAGCUUGCUGCGUACCUUCCCUUGGCCAACAGAAAAAAGGAACUUGCAGCAGUUGUGUAUACAAAAACAUGAGCUAGUAUUGUAUCAUUUCUGCGCCACUCAAGAUACUGCAGUUCUGUCUGCCCUCACACAAAUAAGCUAUGUGUUUGCUGUGUGUAUUGCUUGCUCAAACGUAGAUAUUUGUCAGACCUUAAUGUUCUUCCAAGUCUUAACAUUGAUAUGGUAUGUAACAAAAAGCAUUUCUUCACCACAGGAAAUCUAGCAGGUAAUUUUGCACAAUUUAGCUGAACUUCUUUUAUAUCAUAGAAUCUUGUAAUCUUGUGAUUUCCAAAUAGGCAGUUCCUGCUGAGUUCUGCCUAUAGUAGUGGGGGGUGAUUUCCAUGGUAGUUUGAAAGUUACGUGAGCCUAACUAUGGAGAGGAUACUGGUAGAAAGAAAGAUUAUACAUAUGGACUGAUGUGCUUAGUACUUAAAAAAUAAUCUUUAUUAUAACUUAAAUGUGAUAGGAAAUAAAUGUCACAAAACUAAAGGGGGGAAAAAAAAAAGCAGAGGUCAGUACAAAAGAACACCUUGAAAGAACUCAGCUGCUGGGACAGGUGUGGUACAAAAACCAGAACAUGGUUAUUUCACCUUCUGUAUAAAGAGUCUGUGUCCCUCAGUAAACAAGUAAGCAUUUUGAACUGUACAAAAUGUACCUUUUUAAUUAAAGGGAGAA